GAAAAGUUGGUCAUAUUCUGCAAAAAGUUUUUUUAUCCAAAAUUGGCGGGAUUGAAUUCAAGAUGGCACCAACCAACAUAUAAACAAUUUUUUUUGACGCCCCUCUCUCACCUCAUAACCGUUCAUUUUUAGCUUCAUUGACAUUGUCUUUUAUGUGCUUAGUUUUUAAUGAAGAAAAGAAGAAAAAGUAAAGCAUAACAAUGCCACCGUUAAAAAAAACGGAUCUUGAAAAAGCGGCUUGGACUUGGACUGAGUUAACACCACCAGAGGAAAUUGAAAGAAUACAUCUUGAAACAUCUUAUAGACUUGGUCUAAAAAAAUGUAAAAAUUGCAAGAGAAAUUGUAGCAAUAAUCCUCAAUGUUUAACUGGAUUGGGUGAAGAUAAAUAUUUAAAAUCACAUCCAGCUGAAAUAGCAUCACUUGAGAGUUCACUUUCAGAGCUACGAGAUCCAACUCAGUAUGUAGGAUUAAAAAAUCUUGGAGCUACAUGCUAUGUUAAUAGUCUGAUUCAAGUUUGGUUUCACAAUGAAGAUAUCAGAAAAAUAAUAUACAAAUGGGAAUCACUUGAAGACAGAGAAGAACGUGAAGCAUUGGAACGUGCAGAAUCUUCAUCAUCAGUUUAUCAUCCGGUAACUGCUGUUGGUCAACUACAGUAUAUUUUUGCAAUGAUGCAAUUUGGCAAUAAAAGAUUAAUUGAUCCAACAAGUUUAGCAAUUGCACUAUCACUUGAUGUUGAUGCACAACAAGAUGCACAAGAAUUUUCAAAAUUAUUACUUGCACAUAUAGAAAAUAAAUUUCAAAAUAUAAAUUUAAAAUCAGAAUUACAAAGACUCACACAAGGUACAUAUACAUAUGUUAAUCGUUGCUCAACAUGUUUAACUGAAUACAAAACACCAACGACAUUUUAUGAGCUUGAUUUACAACUUGCACCAACACUCAAAGAAGCAAUUGAAACAUAUUUAACAGAAGAAGAACUUGUAGGUCCAAAUAAGUAUCUUUGUAGAAAUUGCAAUGAAAAACAAGAUGCCAAACGUUUUAUUCGUCUUGAAACACUACCAGAUACAUUAAAUUUUCAAUUAUUACGUUUUGUAUUUCAUCGUGAAUCAAAUCAAAAAAAAAAGUUAAGUUCAUAUAUGCAAUUUCCAGAAGAAUUAGAUAUGUCAAAAUAUCUUGGUUCUGAACCUGGUACAUAUUUAUAUUCACUUGUUGCUGUAUUAAGUCAUAAAGGUUCAUCAGCACAUUCUGGUCAUUAUAUUGUCACAAUUUGUAAUUCAAAUGGUGAAUGGUAUCAAUUUUCAGAUGACAAAGUUGAAUUAAUGCAAAAUAAAAGAAUUGAAGAUGGAUGUUCUGAAAAUGGUAAAAUACCGAAAAAAAAUAAAGUACCAAAAGGUUGUUUAUCAUCAAAUGCAGCUUAUAUGUUGGUUUAUAAAAGAAUAAUUCCAGAAUUAAAAUUAAAAAAAAAAAUAGAUAAAAAAAUUAAUAAAAAAGAUGAUUUUAAUGUUAAAAAUGAUACAGCUGGACUGGAACAAACAAGUGAAAAUAAUAAACGUAAAGAAAGUGAUUCUGAUUCAUCAGAUAAUAUUUAUAGUCCAGUUAAAAAAGUUAAAAUGAAACAUAAUAAUAGAAAAAAAAUUAAUAAUCAUAAUUCAACUAUUGAAAAUAAUAAAAAAAAUUCAUCAUCAUCAAAUGAUGAACAUAGUGACAAUAAAAAUAUUGAAAAAUUAAAAAAUAUUAAAGAAGAAAUUCCAAUGGAUAUUGAUGAGACCAAAGAUGUUGAUAAUGUAUUACAUAAAAAUUAUCAAUUAUUGAAUGGUGAUGCACACAGAGCAAUGAGUUGUUCACAAAGAGAUUUUUAUGAAGCAUCAGAAUUUCGUAAAUGGCAAGUAUCUGAAACAUUAAGAAAAUUAAUUAAAGAUGAAAAUGAUUCACAUGAAAAUGGAUUACUUGAUAUGCAACAAGAAAAAUUAAAACAAAUUGAAGAACAAAAUAUGAAACGUUCAGAGGUUAUUGAUUUUUAUAAUAUCAUAAAUAAUACAUUAGACGUUGGUGAUUAUAUUUGGUUACCAACAAAUUGGAUAACUAAAUGGCUUAAUGAUCAUUGUGGUACUCAAGAGGGUCUUUCUCCAAUUAUAAAUUCAGUUUUAACUUGUCCACAUGGUAAAUUAGAUCCUUCAAAAGUUCAUAAAACAAAAUGUGUUCCUGCUCCGGCUGUUCAUUUAUUGAAUAAAAAAUUUACCAUGGAUGUUACUUUGAAUCAAGAUUCAUUGUGUGACAAUUGUGUUAAAAAAAAAUGCAAAGCGCUUAGAUUUAAAUCAACUCUUGAAAAAGAUCACAAGGAAGUUACUGAAAUUAUCAAAAGUCUCAAAGAACCAAAUGAUGAUUGCUACAUAAUUGGUGCAGAAUCUUUAAAAAAUUGGCGUAAACUUGCUAUGGAUCGUCAUGAGGAUGAAAGUAAAGAAGACAAUGACGUUGAAAUAGUUUCACAAUUAAAAAUAAGUGAUAAUGAAGAUGAUUCAGAAACUUUUAAAGAUUUAAAUGAUGAUCUUUUGUGUUGUCAUAAAGGUCUCAGAAUACCAGAUACAAGUAGAAAAAUUAUGCCUGAAGCAGCAUGGACAAUAUUAAAAAAAUACUUUCCUCAUGCUGCUGAGUAUAAAAUAGGUACUCCUUGUUGUCAAAAAUGUGCUGAAACAUUGGAGACAGCACAAAAAGCUAAAGAAGAUGAUAAAAUUAGAAGUAAACAACAAAAAGAAUCACUGAGUGAUCUUUAUUAUCUCAAAAAUCGAAAUGAAAUUUCUAAAAAAAUUGAUGCUGAUAAAAAUUAUUAUAUCAUUGAAAAAUCAUUCUUAGAUUCUUGGAGAGCUUUUAUUCGAUGUAAUACACGACCAGCUCCAGUCAGUAUUAAUAAUCGUCAACUUCUAUGUGAAGAACACAAAGGCUUUCUUUAUCCAGUAUCAACAACUUGUGAACUAUAUGGAAUUGUGAGUGAAUACGAGUGGAAUAAAUUAAAUGAAUUCUACGAAUCUGACUUUGAAAUCAAGAUACGUAAUGUUGGAAAAGAUGAACCGAUAUUUGAGACUGAUCCUGAAAAUUGUAAUGAGUGUAUGGAAGCAAGAAAACAUCAAGAAUGGUUGGAAACUUUAAAUUAUGAUCAUGCUACAAUAUACAUUUUAUGUGUCGAUGAAGGAGAAGAAAGUGAGAGUGCAAUUACGACCUCAAGAUCAUGUAGAACUAGAAGAAAAACAAAAGGAACACAUGAAUUAAAAGUAUCAUCACUAACUACCCUUAAAGAAUUAAAAGUUAUGACAAUGAAUAUUUGUGGGGCACCACCAAUUGAUCAACAUCUAAGUCUUGGAGAUUGUGAACUAAUUGAUCUUGAUCAAACUUUAGGUGCUCUUGGAGUAUCACCAAAUGUGAUGCUAAAAUUAAAGGUUGAUACACUACCUGAUACUGAAGUUGACCUGGAAUCAGAUUCAACAAGCCGAGAGGCUGCAUCACCAGAAAAAGGAUUCAAGGGAACGGAACUUGUACCUAGUUGAGCUCCAAAAUUCAAGGACAAUCCAACACACAAAAACAAGAUAUAAAAACAAAAAAAAAAAACUAAAAAAAAUUAAAAAAAAAAGAGUUAAAUAUUUUUCUACUACCAUGUCUGAUUAGUGGUUAACAGAAUAUAGUGAGUAAAAAAAAAAAAAAAAACGAAUUAUUAAAAAACAAAAAAAGAAAAAAAAAACCAUGUUUUUUUUUUUUUUACAACUGUUUGUUUAUAAUGUUGCUUAGUUGUUGUUAUUAUUAUUAUUAAUAUUAUUAUAUAUAACAGUUAAUACGACUUCCAAUAGACUUGAUUCUAAUUGACUUUAUUUUGUGACGGAUUAUUUUGCCUUUAAAAAUUAAUGAAAUAUUUAUCGGUAAAAGAGUCGGUGCUCAAAAUCCAAAGAAUCAAUAUUUUCUUUUUUUUUUUUUUUUGUUAAUUAAAUUAACAAAACGACAUAAGUAAAUAAAUGAAAAAAUGAUUUUAUUGUAAAAAUCGUCCGUUAAAUUAGUGAAAAAAAAAAAAAAGUAAACCGACGGUCCAAAUAAUCGUCAAUAAAAAUGAACACGUAUAAUAAGGUACCCACAGAAAGUGGCUAUUUAUAAGAUUUAAAUACUAUUAUCAACUUUUGUGAUAACAACAAAGUGACAUUUAUAUAUUGCGUAAAUAAAAAAAAAAUAAAAUAAAAUAGUUAAUUUUAUAAUUAUUGAUUUAAGA